UCGUGUUUACCUCGUGACGUGUGCAUCCCAACUCGCCGGAAUGACUUGCGGAAAAGUGUCACAUCGUUGAAAAAGUCAAAGUUCUUAUAAUAAACAUGCAAAAUAACCAAGAACCUUAUGGAAUCGAAGGCGUUUACCUAUGACGUGUCCAUCCCAACUCUGAUGACUUGCGGAAAAUAAUAAUAAUCGAGCAAAAUCACCAAGAAUCACUGGAACCGAAGGAGUUAAUGAUCAAUGAAUCUCAAUAUGUGCGCGUCUCCCCUCGCGUAUACCCAACACCUGCGCAUCCUCAACCAAUCUGGAUGACCGCCGGAAAAGUGCCGUUUUCCGGGGAAUGUGUAAGCUCUUAUUAUAAUAGUGAAAUAUCACCAAGAAUCCCUGGAAUGGAAGGAAUGAAUCAUCGAUGACUCAGCCAAGUCUGCGGUGCGGCAAUGAAAAGCUAUGAAAAGCGAUGUAAAGCGACGAAAAGCGAUGUAAAACGACGAAAAGCGAUGCAAAGCGAUGAAAAGCGCCUCCCCUCGCGACCCCUCGCCUUCCCUCGUGUUUACCUGUGACGUGUCCAUCCCAACUCUCCGGGAUGACUUGCGGAAAAUAAUAAUAAUCGAGCAAAAUCACCAAGAAUCACUGGAACCGAAGGAGUUAAUGAUCAAUGAAUCUCAAUAUGUGCGCGUCUCCCCUCGCGUAUACCCAACACCUGCGCAUCCUCAACCAAUCUGGAUGACCGCCGGAAAAGUGCCGUUUUCCGGGGAAUGUGCAAGCUCUUAUUAUAAUAGUGAAAAAUCACCAAGAAUCCCUGCAAGCGAAGAAAUGAAUCAUUGAUGACACAGCCAAGCCUGCGGUGCGGCAAUGAAAAGCUAUGAAAAGCGAUGUAAAGCGACGAAAAGCGAUGUAAAGCGACGAAAAGCGAUGUAAAAAGUUGAAAAGCGAUGAAAUACGAUGUAAAGCGGCUAUUUCCAGGAUUCAAGGACUCCAAUGCUUGGCAAAUAAACUUGUUUUGUAUUUCCUUUGAAAACAUAAACGAAGUUGCUGGAAAAAUAGUAGAAAAUAAUCAAAAUCACUUCCUGAGAAUUGGAAAUCCUCCAAGACUCAAAACUCAAAUGGUAUUUAUAGCUGGAAACAACAAACACAAUCAACUACCACAAUCAACGACCAGUUAUAAUAUUCUUUUGCCGAUAAACUAUCGCAACUUAUCGUUUAUCGCCCAUAUUGAUAUAUCCACCCACAGGGAUGAGUUUGGCACCCAACGCGUCUACAAGAAGACUUCGCCCAACUGUGUGCUCACCCUGUAUCUACCCACCCGAGAGAUCACGCUCACCGGCAAUAAUCCGUCCGUGUUGCGAGGGAUUGUCUAUGUUGAUCCCAAGGCCAUUCAGGGAUAUCGCGUAUACGCCCAGUUGACGCUCACGUUCCGCUAUGGCCGCGAGGAUGAGGAGGUAAUGGGCCUGCGGUUCUGCAACGAGGCCAUCAUGUCCCUGCAUCAGAUAUGGCCGCGUCUCGAGGAGCCAACGCCGGAGUCGCUCAGUCCCCUGCAGGAGGCUUUGAUGAAGCGCCUGGGCGAUGGCGCCCAUCCCUUCACCCUGUCGCUAUCCGCCCAUGCCCCGCCCAGCGUGCAGCUGGUCCCGGCCAAGCGCUACUAUGGAGCCCCGAUCGGCACCAGCUACGAUGUCCGUUGCUUUAUUGCCGACAAGACCGAUGAGAAGUUCCAUCGUCGCGCCUCCGUCAAAAUGGGCGUCCGGGUCAUCUAUCGCACGGAUGUCUUUCACCAGAACUUGGCUCCCGAACACUUUGCCGCCUUUGCUGGCGGUCAGCAUGGCGGCGCUCAGUCACCGCCGGCCAGUGCCACGCCCCCCACCAGUGCCGAGGGGGGAGGCGGUGAACAGCAGCAGCAGCAGCAGCAAUCCUGCAAUCAUCCCCACUCCCAUUCCCAUUCGCAGCCGGCCAGCGGUUCCAAGCAAAAGGCCAAGUCCGAGCGUGGUGACUCCUUUCCCAAGCUGCGCCUCUCACCGAAAUCCUUUCGCUUCAGCGGUCGCUUUGGGCGCAGCAAGAGCGAGAUCGAAAAGUGUCCAAAUGAUCCAUUUCACAACUACAGCAAGUCCUUUCAGGAGCACUGUGACAGCAUGUUGCCACCGCAUACUGGCGCUGGAGUAACUGGUGGGAUUGGCGGCGUCAGCGUGGGUCCUUGCGGUGGACCCCAGGGCUCUGUGGACAAACCCUUUCUGCUUCAUGAUGGACGCGUGGGUCUAAGGGCCAGCCUGGAUAAGGGCUGGUACACGCAUGGCGAGGAUGUCAAUGUGACCGUUCAGAUACGCAACGACAGCCGCAAGACGGUUCGCAAAGUUCGGGUCUGCGCCAUCCAGCACGUGGACGUGUGCAUGUUCAACAAUGGCAAGUUCAAGAACGUGGUCGCCGACUCGGAUAACAUAACACCACCGGUGGAUCGCACCGUGGCCGCCGGAGCCUCCCUGAACACGGUGGUCAAGCUUCGGCCGCAACGUGGUCCCACCAAGAACUGGAUUGCUUUAGAGGAUACACUGCAGCGUAGCACUGAGCCGGAGGAGAUCACCGGUGCCAUUGCCGCCUCGGCCAUUCGAUCGCCGCACUUUGUAUUCCAAAAUGCCCAGCUGUUGGCCGGCCAUCCGCUGGCCAGUCCCGCUUUGGUGACACCCCAUCCGCACCAGUACCAGGCACCGGCCUGCCAGCAGAUUCAGGCGGCCAAUCCCUCUGGCAAUUCGAAUUCAUCCGGCGGCACCGAGGAGCGCAAUGUCUUUGCCAUCUACGUUUCGUACUAUGUCAAGGUGAAGCUCACCCUUAGCGGCAUGGGCGGCGAGUUGUCGCUGAAGCUGCCCUUUGUCCUUGUCCAUGUGGAUGAGACCCAGCGUCCUGGCUUUGCCUCGGCCACGCUGGGUGAGCUGCGUCUGGAGAUGGAGCGCCUGGCUCUGCAGGAUGUGCCCGUGGGCAAGAGAAAUGGGCGGCGGCAGGCAGCCUCCAAUGCAGCAGCUGCUGCUGAGAUUGGCGAUGGACCCUCCACCAGUGCUGCUGCCGCCGCAGCUGCAGCAGCAGCUCAGGCUCAAAGUGCUUCGCAUCUGGACAGGAUCGAGAGCGUGGAUGAUGAGUUCAAUAUCCGAGUGCCGGUUCCAAGGAAUGGCUCUCACAAGCGUCGCCUGCAGCGCAGCGAGACUUUGGCUCGUGAUUUGGAGGAGCAGGGCCCCACCGCCGAGGACGAGGAGGAGGAGCACAUUGUUCAGAUACAUCUGGAGCAGGUAUCGCCCGAUCGCGACGAGGUGCAGCAGGAGCAGAGGGAGCGGCAGGAGCAGCGAGAGCAGCCAGAGGGCCGCGCCCGAGGCCCUGGUGCCCAGACCGGCGCAGUGCCCAAGUCAUCGAAUGUGUGAUUCUGAUUGUGGUCCCAGAUGUUUGCCAAGCGCAAGAGAAAGCCGUAGAGGAGGCCGCAGCGAGUCCUUUCAGUUCCGCUUCCCCAGAUCCCUAAUUAAGGCGAGACUGGCAUCGAUCUGGUCUUAAGUUUUAAUCCAGGUUUAUUCCCUUCUUAAAUCGAAAUCGAAAUCGAAAUCAAAAUCCCUAUUUUAUUUCCAUUUUUGUUUUGAUAUCAGAUCGAUGCCAGCCUGCAACCCGCUCUUGCAUCUUGUAAAUCUUGACUUGCUACUUCUGGACACACAAGCACAUACAUUUCUAUCAAAAUUAAGAUAUAGUUAGUAGGAGGCUUAAGAAGGAGUCCAUCUCCUUCUGCAGUUUGAUUUGUAUUUAAAGCAGUUGAUCCGGAUCCAGAGAAUCCAGAGAAUUGAAGAGCUAGCAAAGUAAUUAACCGAAUGUACAUUUAAAACGAAAAUGUUUCAGUUCCGGUUUCAAAAGUCACAAGUUAGGAGGCAGGAUAAAUGAUAUAUGUAUGUAAGGAGGGAGGAAUGAGGAAUAAGGCAGGAGCUUAACUUAAAGUUGUUUUUAAGCAGGUUGAAGGUUUCCAAAAAAAAAGGAGAAAAGCCAAGAGCGACGAGCUACAAGCGAGGGACAAAGCCUGAGAGUAGCAAAUCAAUAGAGCUUAGGUGAAAGGAGAGCAGCAACGAGUGACGAGCUACAAAAUAAACCAAGGACAAAGCCUGACGAGAGACCAGCAAUGAGCGAGUAACCAGCAGCGAGAGUAGCGAGUCAAUAGAAAUAAGGAGCAAGUAAAACAAAGACGAGUGACGACGAGCUACCAAGCCUGACGAGAGCCAAACGACCAGCGAAGAGCGAGUAACCAGUAGCGUGUUAGGACAUAGGGCUUAGGACAUUCGAAUGGCUGGCACAUUGAUGUAUUAGUUAGCUUUUGGCAUUCCCUAGGAAUCAGGACAAUGAAUUAAGGGUGAAAUUUUAGCAGAUUGAACGAAAUCGAAAGCGGAAGCGUUAGGCGAAACCGACGAACGAGUUGAACUUGAAGCCGAGCUAGAUGUAGUCACUAGCCUGUAAGGUUUAUCAUUUGAUAUUAGCCAUGCAAUGCGUUGAAAUUGAUGAUAUUGAAGAUGUUCUUGGGAGGCUAUGCCAGUAUUAGCUCUGAAAUAGGGGUUGCAAAAGGUAAGAAAAGCAAAGUUUAAGAGCAAGCCAACCCAAAAAACACAUCCAAAAUAAAUAUAUAUUUACUGUAGAGACGUAAGUGAAUGUCAAGUCCAUAUGCAUGUACAAGUACUCGAUGUAUCGACACCCUUAGGGUGGCUCGGCAAUUACCUAAUUAAUCGCAUACAUACACAUACACAUAAACAUAUAUAUAUUUACCGAAUAUUAAAUGUUUGAUGUGUAUUUACAAGCGACAAAUGAAAUCUUACAGAGGCCAAAAAGGGCAAAACACAACACAAGAACAACCUAAAGCCUAUAUACAUUUGUGUGCGGUUUCAAACUGACAAAAGAAAGAGUAUUUACCCAUCACUUAAACCCAUUUAAACACAGCCAGAGAGCCAAAAACAUAUAUUAUUGGAAGUACUAAGUUAAUUAAGAGAAAGGCGAAGGCGGGCACUGGGCAGGCAGAAUAUGAUAGAAAUCCAGCAUUGUUCCGAACAGUAGUCUCUAUGAAUAGCUAUAGUUUUUGAGAAGAGGUAUUCCAGAUGCUAAAUGCCAGUUGUCAGGAGGGAAGGAGAUCAAGGAAAUCUACGAUUUUUAAUGUUUAGAUCUUUAAGAGAACAAGAAUAUCCAAGGCAUUACACUAUAUACAAUACCGAUUACAUAGCCGUGUAUAUCUGUGUCUACAAUAUAUAAUAAUGCAGCAUUGAAAUACAUUUCAACAAUGAAUAAACAAGAAUUUAUUGAUGUAAAACGCUAACCAUAUACUAUAUCCAUAUAGAGAUAUAUGUUAUAUUGAUGUCAGUGUGUGUUGUUGCUUUGACAAGCCAAGCUACUAACUAAACUAAACUAAACUAAACAAAAAAAAAAAAACUAAACAUAAAUGUGAUGCAUUUCUAUGUGAGUACACGAAUAAAUAUCUAGGCAUUAACAGCAACCAACUCCCAAGCCCCCACCUGGACGAACCCAAUUCUCUUCUCAAUCUUUUCCACUUUACGAGCUGGACUCUGCCUACCUUCCUCUCUCCCUUGAAUCCUGUCCC